GCUGCCCGUCGAUGUCUCGGUCUGGAAGCACCUACGGUAAUAAUGUCGCUGAGUGACCUAGUAUUAAAUACGUUAAAACGACGGUUAUAGCUAGGCGGUAUCGCGGAUUAUAGCAUCGGCUUUGCCAUUUUAAAUACUACCGGCAUAUUAAACAAGUACCGACAGCGUCGUAAAAUCCACUUAAGAAGCCAAUUAUUCAUCUCGGAGUGGAUUUUCUUAAAUUAUUUUCCGGAUUAUGCUGAAAUCAGAAGGAAAACGCAUAGCAGAAAUCCAUCAUUUGCCUUGAGCAGCGCUGCAGUGCCAUCAUUCUGCCUCUGUCAUACUGGAUUUCAACAGCAAAUAGAUCUACAAUACCUCACCGCAUUGGGUUAUCAUCACUGGGAUAUUCUCUUGUUGCGGUCAAGUAUAACGGUUUAGUAUAUCGGAAGUUGUUGGUUUUGCAGAGGACUGAAUUAAAGUUAACCUGUUGGGAUGGACAAUGCCCAUACAAAGACGGUUGAGGAGGUACUGGGAUACUUCGGUGUCAAUGAGACAACAGGACUGAGCUCUGAGCAAUUAAGGAAAAGCAGGGAAAGAUGGGGCUCCAAUGAGUUACCUGCAGAAGAAGGCAAGUCACUAUGGGAACUUGUUCUGGAGCAGUUUGAAGAUCUGCUUGUUCGGAUUCUCCUUCUUGCGGCCUGUAUUUCCUUUACUCUGGCCUGGUUUGAGGAAGGUGAAGGAACCAUCACAGCCUUCGUAGAGCCAUUUGUCAUCCUCCUCAUUCUUAUUGCCAAUGCCAUUGUAGGAGUGUGGCAGGAGCGUAAUGCAGAAAAUGCCAUCGAAGCCCUUAAACAGUAUGAGCCGGAGAUGGGAAAGGUGUACAGACAGGACAGGAAGAGUGUACAGAGAGUCAAAGCCAGGGACAUUGUGCCUGGAGACAUUGUGGAGGUGGCUGUUGGUGAUAAAGUCCCAGCAGAUAUCCGACUGACCUCCAUACGCUCUACUACUUUGAGAGUGGACCAGUCCAUCCUGACAGGGGAGUCUGUAUCCGUAAUAAAACACACAGACCCAGUGCCUGACCCCCGUGCCGUCAACCAGGAUAAGAAAAACAUGCUCUUUUCUGGGACGAAUAUUGCGGCAGGGCGAGCGAUUGGUGUGGUGGUGGCUACAGGUGUACACACAGAGAUUGGGAAGAUCAGAGAUGAGAUGGCAGCCACCGAUCCAGAGAGAACCCCUCUGCAGCAGAAACUAGACCAGUUUGGAGAGCAACUCUCUAAGGUGAUCACAGUGAUCUGUGUGGCAGUGUGGGGCAUUAACAUCGGUCACUUCAGUGACCCAGUGCACGGAGGCAGCUGGCUGCGUGGAGCUGUGUACUACUUUAAGAUCGCCGUCGCUCUGGCUGUGGCCGCCAUCCCUGAGGGUCUUCCUGCUGUCAUCACCACGUGCCUGGCACUUGGCACACGCCGCAUGGCCCGCAAAAACGCUAUAGUCCGUUCACUCCCAUCUGUAGAGACACUUGGCUGCACCUCUGUCAUCUGCUCUGACAAAACGGGCACUCUUACCACCAACCAGAUGUCUGUCUGCAGGAUGUCUAUUGUGGACAUGGUCGCAGGUGAGAGGUGUUUACUGAACGAGUUUACAAUAACUGGAUCUACUUACGCCCCUGAAGGAGAAGUGUAUAAGGACGGUGUGCCGAUACGCUGUAGUCAGUAUGAAGGGCUCGUGGAAAUGGCCUCUAUCUGUGCCCUGUGUAACGACUCUUCGCUGGAUUACAAUGAGAGUAAAGGGGUGUUUGAGAAAGUGGGAGAAGCAACUGAGACGGCACUCUGUUGUCUGGUGGAGAAGAUGAACGUGUUCGACACAGACCUGAAGGGCCUCACACCUGCUGAAAGAGCCACUGCCUGCUGUUCAGUCAUAAAGCAGUUAAUGAGGAAAGAGCUGACUCUGGAGUUUUCUCGAGACAGGAAGUCCAUGUCUGUUUUCUGCUCUCCAAACAAACUCACUCGCUCUGCUUCAGGUGCCAAGAUGUUUGUCAAGGGGGCACCAGAGAGUGUACUGGAGCGUUGCCGCUGGAUACGGGUUGGAGGUGGAGCACGGGUGCCACUGACCUCUGACCUCAGAGAGCAGCUCUUAAGCACAGUAAGAGAGUGGGGCUCGGGACGUGAUACACUCCGCUGCCUCGCCAUGGCAACCAGGGAUUCACCCCCUGACCCUCGAACCCUGAACUUGGAGAACUCUGCUGGCUUCAUAGACUAUGAGUCGGACCUGACAUUCGUGGGGUGUGUGGGAAUGUUAGAUCCACCAAGGAAGGAAGUCCUGAGUGCAGUGCGUAUGUGCAGACAGGCCGGCAUACGGGUCAUUAUGAUCACAGGCGACAAUAAGGCCACCGCCCUGUCUAUUUGUCGUCGAGUGGGCAUCAUCACUGAGCAGGAGGAAGAGGAGGCAGAAAGUGGGCCGUAUGGCAGCGGCCUCACAGGACGUGAGUUUGAUGAGCUGCCUACCCACCUGCAGCGAGAGGCCUGCCGCACUGCCCGCUGUUUCGCCCGCGUCGAGCCAACGCACAAGAGCCGCAUUGUAGAAUAUUUGCAAAGCCUAAGCGAUAUCACAGCUAUGACUGGUGAUGGUGUAAAUGAUGCCCCUGCUUUGAAGAAGGCUGAGAUUGGCAUUGCUAUGGGCUCAGGCACGGCCGUGGCUAAAUCUGCUUCAGAGAUGAUCUUGGCCGACGAUAACUUUUCAACCAUCGUGGCCGCAGUGGAGGAGGGUCGAGCCAUUUACAACAACAUGAAACAGUUCAUCCGUUACCUUAUUUCUUCUAACAUCGGAGAGGUAGUCUGUAUUUUCCUCACAGCUGCUUUGGGAAUGCCUGAGGCUUUGAUCCCAGUCCAGUUGCUGUGGGUCAAUCUGGUGACGGAUGGCUUCCCAGCUACUGCUCUUGGCUUCAACCCCCCUGACCUGGAUAUCAUGUCACGUCCCCCACGCUCCCCUAAAGAACCACUCAUUUCUGGUUGGCUCUUCUGCAGAUACCUCAUUAUUGGCUGUUAUGUAGGGGCAGCAACAGUUGGAGCUGCUGCCUGGUGGUUCAUGGCCGCUCAUGAUGGACCAAAGCUCAACUACUACCAACUGUCUCACUAUCUCCAGUGCAGUGAAGGUCAUGCUGAGUUUGCAGGAGUGCAGUGCUCCGUGUUCGAGUCUCCAUACCCCAUGACUAUGGCCCUGUCUGUGCUGGUCACUAUAGAGAUGUGCAAUGCCCUCAACAGUUUGUCCGAAAACCAGUCUCUACUCAAGAUGCCACCGUGGUCAAACCCCUGGCUGGUGGGAGCCAUCUGUCUCUCCAUGGCCCUACACUUUCUCAUUUUAUAUGUGGACCCUCUUCCUUUCAUAUUUCAGAUCAGACCAUUAUCUUGGCCUCAGUGGGUGACUGUUCUGAAGAUGUCUCUGCCUGUUAUUUUGAUGGAUGAAGCCCUAAAGUUCUUGGCCAGAAACUACAUUGAGCCUGGCAACGAGUUGCUGGAUGAGGACGGUAAUGUGGCCAGGGGGGUGAUUGGCAAAUUUCAGCAGGCAUUUAGGGGUGUUUCCUGGUCAUUUGUGCUCAUCUCUGCCCCAUUGCUGGUCUGGAUCUUCAGCCUGGACUCAGACAUAACCAAUAUCUUCUGGGAAUAGAAGCAAGGAGUGUGGAUGUGAGUCUGUGUGUGUGUGUGAGUCAUAGACAGACAGAAAAGCAGAUGAUGUACAGAAGCAGUGUACGGAUCUAUUGAAGAAUGAAUUUUAUGCUCAGAGUGCAAAACAGAGAAGUACGAAGGAACAGUUACGGAGCCACUAAAAGGACACGGUGAAGGGAAAAAACAGGAAGAUGGGAAGAAAUAUGUCAAUGCAUUUGGCUUCAAAAUUUUGAUGUCAAGUUUGUGUUCCUUUAAGAAUCUUUUCAUUCGUUGCGUUUCCUCCCAAAACUUUUUAGAAUCCUUUUUUUUUUUUCCUUUGUCCUUUUAGAUGCUCUGUAAAAGCUAGAGCUGGACCAGGACAAUCACAGAUAAAUGAAUGCUGGGAAAAGCUAGGGACAGACAGAGGGAGAAAAUUUUAAUUCAGUCUUAAAAAAUGGCAAAUGAUGUGCUUAUGACCAACUUCAGCCUUCCCCUUGUGUCACUGGUUUUGCAUUGUACUUUCAGUUUUUAUUUUUGUUAUUUAUUUUUUUUAAAUAAGUUAAAAAUGCACAUACUUAUAUAUAUUAAUUUUAGCCUCAAAUGUUAAUACAAUUUUGAGUUUUAUUUUAAUUAGUUGCUUUUUAAAGGUUAUUUGUGUAAUUUUUGUAUUACUAGCGAUACCAAACGGAAAUGCCACGUUUGCUUAAUCAGCCCAACCGGGCGAGACAUAAAAACAUUGGCUCAACCGCAUGAAUUUAGCAGGACUAUCCAUUUGACUGACCUAUGAAAGACAGUGGAGACCUUAUCUGGUGCUUCUAUUGGGACACUUUCUCUUAAGAAAUAUAGUUAAAACAGCCCAAAAGCAUUGCAAUUGUCUAUCAAAGGCUUAAGUUUUUAACCACAUAAUGCCACAUGCUUUAAAAUAUGUUUGUUAGGCCUUAAAAACAUCACCACUAAAUAUUUAGUUAAAAAUUUCAGUCAAAGUCAAAGCAGGUUGAAAAAGUAAAUAUCCCAGAAAGGAAGGUAUUUAUGAUUUUUUCAUUUGUGCUUGGGGUAAAAUACACAUAUUCUUAUGUUCAGGUAUUUUAUGUUUAUUUGUUUGGUACUCAAAAAAAAAAGUUUUAUCAAGUCACAAAGUCAGUUAAUAUUUUCGCAUGCCGUUCAUUGUAAUUUAUUCAAUUUUCCCCAGUCCAAAUGAUGUGACAGUCCAAAAAAACAACAACAACAACAACAACAAUCCUUUUUAUUAUCUUACCCGGAACACUUCCUUGUCAUCGCAUUGCAUUUUUGAAGAUCUUUUAUUUGAGUAUCCCAGCUAUACCAUGAGUAUUGAAAACUGGUCAUACAAGUUCCAUAGCAUGUGCUCACAUUGCAUUCCCUUUUUUAGGGGGUUGGGGUUUUGGAACGCUCACACUCACGCUGAAUCAUUACUUUCAAAAUUACGUUGGGGAUUUUUAAAAAUGUUUUCAAUGUAACUGCUUUAUUUUUAUUGCUGUGCCUGUAUGGCAGGGAAUGUUGUUUUUUUCCUGCCUUUAUCCUUUAAUAUGACUCUUGUGUCCUGAGUCUAACCAGCUACUAUUUAUUGGGGGCCAUUUAUUACUUAUUAAGACCAAACAUCUUUAUCAGGUGUCCAGUUAUCAUACUUGGCUUAUCAGAUGGAUGCUGAAAACAUUUGGCAUCUGUAAUUAAUCAGAGCCCAAAAAAGAAAGGCUUUUUUGAGUUGAGUAUCAAUUGUUAAGAACAGAGCGAUUAAGUUCCAUCCUAAUGUGUCGAGUUUUGGGGGAAAGGAAAAUGUUCAUGUUCAUAAUCUGUUUAUUUCAUGUAUUCAUCCUUUUGGUCAUUGUUUCCCUCAUCCAUCUGAGUCUUAUUUAAAUGAUAGCUUUUUUUUUUUCAUUCCACUAAACAAGCUUUAUACAAGAAUGAAAAUCCUGUUCUUUCUAUUUGUCAUUUAGAUUCUAUUUAUUUCCUAUUUCUUGAAAAAGACGUUUUGAAUUUUGUAGUAUUUUGUUAUUCAUGCAGUUGAUACCAUAAUUGUCAUUUAAUUGCUGUUCCAUUAACAGGGAAUUGGAAAUCGCUUCAUGAAAUGGAAAAAUAAACUCUUGAUUUAAAAUUCA